ACUCGUAUUACAUUCGCUUUUCGUGAAGAUAUUGGUUAUUUUGCACUUGAUACUGUAUCUGUACGAAGUAUAACAAAUCCCACUGUUGAACUCAUUUCAAAUAAUGAUUUUGAAACCGGUGCAAUAUCACCAUGGACUUACUGUAAUCCAGGCGGUGCAACAGCUGCUGGUACAAUUAAGGCAAAUUCAAAUAAUUUUAAUAUUUGGGGUUAUUUAUACCGAGCUCAAUCAGGAACUCGUUUUUACAUUGAUGGAGCUGUAGGAGAUGCUGAUUAUUUAAGUCAAAUGUUUUCAACAACUAUCGGUACUACAUAUAAUAUCUCAUAUUGGUUGGUCAAUAUGGGCAGUGGUACACGCAGUAGCGCUGAUGUUAUAAUCAGUAUCUAA